UCGUAAAUUGGUCAUCACGCCCCCCUCGUAUGUCGGCUCAUGACUAGCGCUUAAGCGCCUCGAGUAGCCUAUAAAUACGCACGACUUGCUCCACCAGGGCACAGUUUUACGCACUCAUCUUGGCAGUCAGAUGAACACGUAGUUUGGCUUGGCCUACAGAAAACAGGAGAGGGAACCACCAAGAAUCGAAGCAAGUCAAAGUUAGAAGGGCUUCAUUUUCAAGUUUACGACAAUGUCGGUUGUGAGUGCCCUACCUUUUCUCCGACCUCUCUACGCGCGGACUCCGAUCUCUCCAGGGCGUCAGCGUCGGCACACACUGCCGGCUAGCGAGUUUCGCUCCCUCAGUCCGGAGGACGCUAUCAGUGUUUUUGAGAUCGAGAGGGAAGCUUUCCUCUCUGUAUCCGGUGAAUGUCCCCUGCAUUUGGACGAGGUGCGUCAUUUUCUCACACUUUGUCCAGAGCUGUCUUUGGGAUGGUUCGAGGAAGGCAGGAUGGUGGCCUUUAUCAUCGGCUCCCUCUGGGACCAGGAACGGCUAACCACGGACGCGCUGACUCUUCACAAGCCCCACGGAUCCACUGUCCACCUCCACGUGCUAGCUGUCCACCGUACCUUCCGGCAGCAAGGCAAAGGCUCCAUCCUGAUGUGGCGUUACCUGCAGUACUUGCGCUGCUUGCCCUACGUCCGCCGCGCCGUCCUCAUGUGUGAGGACUUUCUGGUGCCUUUCUAUCGGAAAUCUGGGUUCAAGGUGAAGGGCCCCUGUGAGAUCACCGUGGGGCCCCUCACCUUCAUCGAGAUGCAAUGCCCCGUCCGUGGCCAUGCUUUCAUGCGUCGCAACAGCGGCUGCUGAGCUGAAUGGUCCUCAGGGCGUGUGAUGUGUUUGAUGUUGCUUGCGUGUUUGUUUUCUGUGGAGACCUGCCCUUGGCCAGUUUUCGGAGUUUACCAACAGCUUGUUGUGGAGGUGUUAACGUCUCAUGCUUUGUUGGCUCUAGCUAUCGAUGUUUGGGAGGCAAAGCUUUCCAGUGUGUUACCGAGGAGUGAUGCCAUGUAUCCAGGCAUCUGCUGUCCAGAACGACUCUACAGCCGUUAGAGGACCUAUAAACAUAAUUUGUUUGUUUUACAGCUGAGGGUGACAAAGACUUCUAUAACGAUUAUAGAAACAAAUGACAAUCGCAAUCAUUUUGUUUUCAGUUAUUUUUUUAUGUUUUACGUUGACAUCUUAUUUAUACUUUAAUUUUACAUCAUGUUUUUUUUAAAUGCUGGACAUUUUUUUAAAAACAUAAAGUCUGUUACUAAAAUGAACCAUGUCUCCAAGAAUGUUAUAUAUUUAAGUUGACUUAAAUGUAGUUUGAAGAAGAGGUUUGAGAGGACAGGAAAAGAAGUUCAGCACUGCAGACUGCAAAAAAAGGUCUUUUUAUUCUAUUUAUUCGCUCCUCCACAAUCUCUGCUGUGUAUUCAGCAGGUGCUACAUCUUAUGGGGGGGUCAGUUAUGGCCUCUUCUCUGUUAGUGUCGUCUGGCUGCACUGGUUGUGUAUUUGUCCAAUAUGAGCAUUAAAAUACUCGUAGCAUCAACUCGCCACCCCCCUUUGAUUGUGGUCUCUUGUGAUUCAAGACACCAUCAAAGAUAUUUGAUUUGUCAGCAUAUGAGCAUUACUCAUUGUACAUGUAGUUCAAGUAGACAUUUAAAUGUAUAAUGGCUUCAAGGAUCGAUCAAUCGAAAUAACAAACCUGCUCAAUUAUGCCAUAAAUGGUUAUGUUGGUUCCAUAUUCAUAUUGUGAUGGCCAUGUGAAGUGACAUCUUUCAAUAAUCUGUUUUUCACUA